GCCGCGCCUAUAAAAACGGCGUCCAAUGUUCUUGAGGCAGCCAGUGCCGGCUGCCGACUCGGGACGUCUGCGCACCUCAGCACCUGCGAGCCUCCGUUUUCAGCGUCGACGAUUGCGGAUUCUGCUCCCGCGCGCCGUUGAAACUCGGGAGACCGGAUCGAGCGCACGCGAUGGCCGCGGCAGAGGCGAGGAGCGUCGGCGGGGACCAGGACCCCGGCAGCGGCAAUUUAAGGCCCUCGACCACCACCUACGAAUAUGCGUGGAUGCAUGGCUGUACACGGAAACUGGGCACGAGGAUCUGCGGCUUCCUGCAGAAGACCAACAGCCUGGAGGAGAAAGGGAGACUGGCUCAGAAGAAGCUGCUCUCCUGCGACAACAGCGGCGACAGGGACGCCCGCUUCCGACGCACCGAGACCGACUUCUCCAACCUGUUUGCCCGAGACUUGUUGCCUGCCAAGAAUGGAGAAGAAGCGACCAUGCAGUUUUUACUGGAGGUGGUCGACAUCCUGACCAACUAUGUGAAGAAGACCUUCGAGCGCUCCACCAAGGUUUUGGACUUCCACCACCCUCACCAGCUGCUGGAGGGCAUGGAGGGCUUCAACCUGGAGCUGUCCGACCAGCCCGAGUCUCUGGAGCAGAUCCUGGUGGACUGCAGGGACACGCUCAAAUACGGAGUCCGCACAGGUCACCCUCGCUUCUUCAACCAGUUGUCGUCAGGUUUGGACAUCAUCGGCCUGGCGGGCGAGUGGCUCACGUCCGCCGCCAACACCAACAUGUUCACCUACGAGAUCGCGCCUGUGUUUGUUUUAAUGGAGCAGCUGACCCUGAAGAAGAUGAGGGAGAUGGUCGGCUGGCCCGGCGGCGAGGGAGACGGCCUCUUCUCGCCAGGGGGCGCUAUUUCUAACAUGUACAGCGUGAUGAUCGCACGUUACAAGUAUUUCCCCGAGGUCAAGACCAAGGGGAUGUCUUCUGCUCCUCGACUGGUUCUCUUCACAUCGGAACAUAGCCACUACUCCAUUAAGAAGGCGGGUGCUGCUCUGGGUUUUGGCACGGAGAACGUCAUUCUGCUGAGCACAGAUGAGAGGGGGAGGGUCAUUCCUGCUGAUCUGGAGGCUAAGAUCAUUGACGCUAAACAGAAGGGUUACGUGCCGUUAUUUGUCAACGCCACAGGUGGCUCCACCGUCUACGGCGCCUUUGACCCCAUCAAUGAGAUUGCUGACAUUUGCGAGAAGUACAACCUGUGGCUGCACGUUGACGGAGCGUGGGGCGGCGGUCUGCUGAUGUCCAGGAAGCACCGCCACAAGCUCAAUGGAAUCGAGAGGGCCAACUCUGUCACAUGGAACCCUCACAAGAUGAUGGGCGUGCCCCUGCAGUGUUCAGCCAUCCUGGUCAGAGAGAAGGGACUGAUGGGCGGCUGCAACUCCAUGUGUGCCGGCUAUUUGUUCCAACAAGACAAGCAGUACGACGUCACAUACGACACCGGGGACAAAGCCAUUCAGUGUGGCCGGCAUGUCGACAUAUUUAAGUUCUGGCUCAUGUGGAAGGCCAAGGGCACCGUUGGCUUUGAGCAGCACAUAGACAGGUGCUUGGAUCUGUCUCAGUACCUGUACAACAAGAUCAAGAACAGGGAGGGGUACCAGAUGGUGUUUGAUGGCGUGCCCCAGCACACCAACGUUUGCUUCUGGUACGUUCCGCCCAGCCUCCGAGGAAUGCCCGACAGUGAGGAGAGGCGGGAAAAGCUCCACAGGGUUGCACCGAAGAUCAAGGCCAUGAUGAUGGAGUCAGGGACCACCAUGGUGGGCUACCAGCCUCAGGGAAACAAAGUCAACUUCUUCCGUAUGGUCGUGUCCAACCACGCCGCCACCCAAUCUGACAUCGACUUCCUCAUUGAUGAGAUAGAGAGGCUGGGUCAUGACCUGUAGACCUCCUAUAGCACCGCCGCAGUGUUCUAUGUGUUGUAUUUCUAAAGCGCAGCAUUGUGACUGUUCCCCACCUGAGGAGAGACCCAACAAGAAGACUGCAAGACCCCUCCCACACCCCCCCCCCCCCCCAGACCCCCCCCCCCCGGCCCCGCCCGCUCCCCGUGCACACAUUUGUCCUCCUUUAGCUCUAUAGCCACAUGUUGCAGGUACGUGAUGGACGCGUGGUGCUGGGAAGUCUCGUAUUGCGUACGUUCAAUCCUGUGUCGUUGAAUUCAUUUAGAUUCUUGUUCAAUGUGUGCGUGUGUGCGCGAAAAGCAGAGAAGCACAAUUCAAAACCUGACAAGCAUCAGGAAAUUCUUCUUCCGUAUACCAGAGUGCAGGUGUGCAUAUACAAUAUAUACUGGAUAAGUAUUUUAGGGAUGGUAUUUAUGAAACAUAAGCUAAUUAAUAUAUGUGCACAGGAUAGCAAUUCAAAGUCAAAUCCUGAGAGGAAGUGUUUAAGUCUGUCAUAUUCUCAGAGUCGGACAGGUUAUUAUUCUAUGUGUGUGAUUCUGAUUUUCAAAUGCUGGCUCAUUGUCUGUUUCAUGCGAUCACGCGAUACCGGUAUGUGUUCUUAAAAAGUAUUUAUUCAUAUUGGAUUAGAUAGAAAAUAUUGCAUUUUCAUUGUAUACAGAUUCAGGUAUUUUAAUGUAAGUGUAUCUUCAUGUGCAGUACAUGGUGAUAAUUUGUAUUAUGUAAAUCAUUGGUAAUUUAAAUAAUAGUGACUUUGUCGGCCAAAGAAAGAGAAUCCAGCGGAAUUAUUCCUCAUAUAGAACUUUCUAGAUGUGUGUAACACGUGACCCUCGACUGCGAUGCAAUUACUAUUGUGCGUUUAUUUCCGCGAAUGUCCGCAGCGGCCGAGCGGCCUUCCGAUGGGACGGAGAACCAAAUGGAGACCUUCCUCGCGUUGGAGUGUGAGAAUGUAGUUUCUUCUUGAGAAUGGCUCGCACGAAUUAGGCUAUCUGUUUGAAUUCUACGCAUUUACUGUAACAUAGUACAUUUAUUGUAGUACAUAUUCAAUGUAUUUCCAGUAUUAUGGGAGCUCCACUGAAUAUCUUGUUUGAGGAGCUCCUCUUGUGUCUUUGCACUAGUUUCCCGUUUCUUUCCUCCAUUGUAAAUGGAUGUGUACGAGCAGAUAUUGACGAAACGUUGAUGGGAACCGAACGAUUGCACAAAUCACAUUGAAACACUUUGUUGUGAGCAACUGCUGUAUGGGACCAGAAUGGUUUGGAGAUGAAUAUAGCUGCAAAGGAAUGUUUACCGAGAGAUUAUCUGGAGGCACUUUAACAAAAGACAAAACACAGCGUCUCUCAUAAGAUGUUUAAUAAAGUUUAAUAAACCUAUAUGACUUGUUGAAUCGUCAA